AUGUUGCAAGUCGAUGAGGUGGGUGACAAGGUUGUUCUUACAACCUUCAUAGGAGGACUACAAUCAUCCAAAUUCCUUUUCUCUUUAUCCAAAAACCCACCAAACAGUAUAGUAGAGUUAUUUAUUAAGGCCCAAAAACAUAUGAAUGUCGAAGGUGCUAUGAAUUCUAGGCUGGGCAAAGGAGUCGACGACAAGAAAGGAGAUAAGAAGAGGUUAGCCUUUGUUUCCAAAGACGAAAGAGACUCCAAAUUUAGCAAGCCGGAUAGGUCCCCGAAAGUCCCUAGAGGGCGAGACAGCUACACUAACUUCACUCCUUUGAAUGCUCCUAUUAGUAAAAUCCUAAUGCAGCUCCAAGAUGACCACACCUUGAAGUGGCCCCCUAAGUUGAAGUCAGAUUUUACAAGAAGGUCUAAAGACAAGUAUUGCUGGUUCCAUAGAGACUAUGGGCAUAAUACCGAUGAUUGCCUUGACUUAAAAAGCCAGAUUGAGAGCCUAAUUCGUCGAGGGAAGUUACAUGGGUACGCAGCAGUAGAUCGUGAGAAGGGUACGGGUCAACCUAUUCGCGAAAAUAAGGAAAAUAACCCUCUUAGGCACCCAUUGGGUGAAAUAAGGGUGAUCUCUGGAGGACUCACAGGUGGGGGAAAGUCAAGCUCGGCACGAAAGGCCCACAUCAGGAGAGCCCGGGGUCAACAAGAGCAGGGCAUUGGUGAAUUAAGAGGUGACCAAGCAACAGCGAGGGAAUGCUAUGCCGCCGUUCUAAAACCAAAACUGUUGAGGGAAACAUUGGCUAUUGAGACACCAGAAGGGUUAAUGGAUAAGGAACCCACUCUAAGGGCAGAACCAGUAGAAGACCUUGUGGAGAUAGAUUUGGACGAAGAAGGAACUGGGAAAAAAGUGAGUAUAGGGUCACUGCUCGACCCCCUCAUCCGGGAUUUGCUUAUUUAA